AUGUUAACGAAGGGGGACCAGAAUACCGGCUACCAGCGUCUCUGGUUCAUCUUCCGGGGAAACCUCUCCUCCCAGGAGCACCAGGCAGACAGCAUGCCCCUGGGCCUCAUCCUGUUGGAGAACUGCCAGGACUGUGGCCUUCUAGCCACCCUCAGUCCCCACUCCAGGUUCCAGGAGUUGCAUGAGCGCUUUGGGAAGGAGAUCCGGGCGCUGCAGGUGAUGCGUAGAGGGCUUCAGGAGGCCAGCACCAAUGGAGGCAGCCGAUCCCAGGCAAAGACGGAGCAGGAGCUCAACCGCUGUUUGUUGAUGAAUGACUGA